GAAAAAAAGUUGAUGGAGGAUAGAUGAAAUCGAAACCAAUGUUUUAAAUUCUCCAUAACACUAGAAACAUGGCAAACACAGGGCUGUUGCCUUUCGUUCGUGGUGUCGAUUUUACCUGCAAUGAUUUCAGUGGUGACAAAUUCCCAGAUGCUAUUCGGUACAUGACUGGGCUUCAAUGGCUCAGGCUUGAUAAAACUAACUUGGAUGAAAUCCCAGAAGAAUUAGGAAAGCUAAUGAAAUUGGAAAAUUUGUCCAUAAAAAACAAUAACUUAGAGAAGUUGUUUGGGGAAUUGACUGAGCUAAAAUGCCUACGCUCACUAAAUGUAAGGCAUAACAAUGUAAAGAGUUCUGGCAUACCUGCUGAACUGUUUAGAUUAGAGGAGUUGACAACUUUGGAUCUCUCACAUAAUAGACUAAAACAAGUACCUGAAGGGUUGGAUAAGGCUAAAUCUUUGCUUGUAUUAAAUCUCAGUCAUAAUAAGAUAGAAAGCAUACCACCGACACUGUUUGUACAGUUGACAGACCUGUUGUUUCUGGACCUGUCCAAUAACUCUCUGGAGACUCUGCCCCCUCAGACUAGACGACUGGCGAACCUGCAGACUCUGGUACUCAAUGAUAACCCACUCGGACUAUUUCAGUUGAGGCAGUUACCAUCACUACAAAGUCUGGAAACGCUUCACAUGCGCAAUACUCAGAGAACUCUUGCAAAUCUACCAACAUCACUGGAUACUCUUUGCAACCUGUCGGAUGUUGACCUCUCCAAGAAUGCCCUAACUAAAGUACCAGAUGCCCUCUACUCUCUGCUGAACUUGAAAAGGCUUAAUUUAAGUGAUAAUGAGAUUACGGAAAUAUCAUCAGCAAUGGACAUCUGGCAGAAACUUGAAAGUCUGAAUCUUUCUCGCAACAAGCUAACCGCAAUGCCAGCUUCGCUAUGCAAGCUGCAGAACUUACGAAGACUUCAUGUAGAUGACAAUAAGUUGGACUUCGAGGGCAUACCCUCGGGGAUUGGGAAGUUGGGUAAUUUGGAAGUUUUCUCGGCUGCCAAUAAUCUUCUGGAGAUGAUACCUGAAGGACUGUGCAGAUGCGGUUCACUAAAAAAACUCAACCUAAGCUGCAACAAGCUGAUAACUCUACCGGACGCGAUCCAUCUACUAAGUGACCUUGAAAGCUUACAAUUGCAUGGCAACACAGAGCUUGUGAUGCCUCCGAAGCCCGUAGAAAGGCCAAGAGGCUCGGGGCUUCAGUACUACAAUAUAGACUUCUCUUUACAAACCCAGCUGCAAUUGGCCGGCGCUGCUACACCAGAACUUGAUGCACCUAAUCUGACAGGCGCGAAAUCGGAUCCGAUAGCGAGGAAGCUCCGUCUGAGACGAGGCCGACCCGAGCCUGAACAAAAAGACUCUGCGCUUAUUCUACGCGGCAUGCAGGAGCAAGCGAACACUCAACACAAUCAGUUACGCGAUCAACCCAAUAGCGAGCUCAAACCAAAACGUUGGGACGAAAGCUUGGAGAAACCACCAUUGGACUAUUCAGAAUUCUUUGACGAAGACACUGGACAAACCCCGGGCUUGCAAAUUUGGGAGAUCGAAAACUUCAUACCAGCUCCUGUGGAUGAGGUGGCACAUGGAAAAUUCUUCGAAGGUGACUGUUACAUCAUUUUGAAGACAUCAAUAGAGGAACAGGGACAACUAUCCUGGGACAUACACUUUUGGAUUGGCUCUAAGGCAACGCUAGACAAAGGCGCGUGCGCAGCGAUGCACGCGGUGAACCUGCGAAACUUGCUAGGAGCCAAACGUACGCAAAGACACGAACAGGGGGACGAGUCGCCCGAAUUCCUAGCUCUGUUCCCCACUCCGCCCGUCUACAUCAACGGCAGCAGGACGCCCUCCGGCUUCUUCACUGUUGACGACCCGCACUACGUUAUCCGUCUAUACCGGGUGCACGGCGCGGGCAGCAGCAUUCACCUGGAGCCGGUGGCGGUCAGCGCAGCGUCCCUUGACCCGAGAUACGUCUUUGUGCUGGACACCGGACUCGUUAUUUACGUAUGGAAUGGCAAAACAGCUAAAAACACCUUGAAGUCAAAGGCUCGACUGUUCGCGGAGAAGAUCAACAAAGAAGAGAGAAAGAACAAAGCGGAGUUAAUGGCAGAACCUCCCGGCAAGGAGUCCAAAGCAUUCCUACAGAUACUCCAAUACGAGGGAGAUACACCGUUAGUCACUGAGGAACACGUGCCAGAAGACUUCACGUGGGCGUCGCCGCGACUGUACCGCGUGGAGCUCGGCAUGGGGUACUUGGAGCUGCCGCAGGCGGGCGGGCCUCUGUCGCGCAACAUACUCGCCACGCGGAACGUGUACAUACUGGACGCGCAUCAGGAUCUCUUCGUGUGGUUCGGAAAGAAAUCAUCUCGAUUAGUGCGGGCGGCAGCCGUGAAGUUGGCUCAAGAGCUGUUCAACAUGGCGCCGCGCGAGCCCCACGCUCUAGUCACUCGCCUGCAAGAGGGCACGGAAACACAAGUAUUCAAAACAUAUUUCGUCGGCUGGGAAGAAGUGAUUGCGGUAGACUUCACGCGCACGGCCGAGUCGGUCGCGCGGACCGGCGCCGACCUUGCUUCGUGGGCCAAACAGCAGGAGACCAAAACGGACCUAUCUGCUCUGUUCACUCCCCGUCAGCCAGCGAUGUCAGCAGCGGAGGCUAAGACGUUAUCGGAUGAGUGGAACGAAGACCUUGAAGCGAUGGAAGCCUUCGUUCUAGAAGGCCGUCAUUUUGUUCGCCUGCCUGAUCAGGAGUUGGGCAUCUUCCACAGCUGCGACUGCUAUGUGUUCCUGUGCCGAUACAUUUUGCCUGCUGAGGCGGAGGAAGAAGGAGAAGGCGCAGAUGAAACUGAGCCAGACGCGGAAGCAGAAGCCGAAAGCGCAUCCUGGGUGGUAUACUUCUGGCAAGGACGACGCGCGCCCAACAUGGGCUGGCUCACCUUCACCUUCGGCCUCGAGCGCAAGUUCAAACAGCUGUGCAGGCGCCUGGACGUAGUGAGGACUCACCAGCAGCAAGAGAGCCUCAAGUUCAUGGCUCAUUUCAGGAGACGGUUCAUUAUAAGAGAUGGGAAGAGAAAUCAGCAGCCGGAGAGUGGCAAGCCAGCGGUGGAGCUGUUCGAACUACGCAGCAACGGGUCGGCGCUUUGCACGCGCCUCGUGCAAGUGAAGGCCGACGCUUCCAACUUGAACAGCGCUUUCUGCUAUAUCCUCAACGUGCCCCUGGAAGGGUCAAAGGAGUCCUCGUCCGCGAUCGUGUACGUGUGGAUCGGCAGCAACAGCGACGCGGAAUGCGCGCGGCUCAUCGAGCAGAUCGCCAAUGAGAAGUUCAACAGCCCUUGGGUUAGCAUGCAGGUGUUGGCUGAAGGCAGUGAGCCGGAUAACUUCUUCUGGGUAGCGCUGGGCGGUCGCAAGCCCUAUGACUCUGAUGCGGAUUACCUCAACUACACGAGACUCUUCCGCUGCUCCAACGAAAAAGGCUACUUCACUGUGUCCGAGAAGUGUACGGACUUCUGUCAGGACGACCUCGCGGAUGAUGACAUCAUGAUACUAGACAAUGGCGAGCAAGUGUUCCUGUGGCUCGGCGCCAGGUGCUCGGAAGUUGAAAUUAAACUCGCCUUCAAAUCUGCUCAGGUAUACAUUCAGCACAUGAAGACGAUGCAGCCGGAGCGGCCGCGGAAACUGUUCCUCACGCUGAAGGACAAGGAGUCUCGCCGGUUCACCAAGUGCUUCCACGGCUGGGGCGAGCACAAGAGACCUCCAGAGUAAACCAGUAUAUCACAUAAUAUACAGACUGUAUUAGCAGUGUGAGAAAACCAAACCUGAAAACCCUGGCUGACUCCAAAAAUGAAUGAAAUAUGCUUUGUACACAAUCAUAAAAAGAAAGACCAAAGUAAAACAAUACACAAUAGAAGUACAAGUCACGGCUUUAGCGUAUUGAUGCGAUUUCUGCCAGGCAGAGGAUAUAAUGACUAUUGAGAAAGGGUGUAAGCAAGUUAACAAGGAAACAAGAAAUAACGUUUACUAUAAUAUAAAUAAUAUAUACAUAAGUUUUUGGGUUACUCAACCAAAAUUGUGGGAAUUCAGAAUUUUUUUUAUAAAGUUUGCUUUGUGGGUCAAGUUAGUUUUAGUUUGGUCCUAAACACAAGCAGCAUACUUUUUGAAAAUAUUAGUUUUAAAAAUUCCCACUUUUUUGGUGAUAACUAAAAAACUACUUUUUGGGGUCAGCCAUUUUCAAAAUGACGUCAGAUACAAUGAUCCAACAUCUUUGAUGGUUGCGGUAAGGGAAUUGUCAAUGCGUUCGGGGCUAUCUUAUCCCUCACAAUUACUCUCGUUAGUAGACCUAAUUGGUCUCUUGAUUAUCAUAUAAUGUCCGGCAAAUAUCUUGAGAAUUGACGCGAUUGGUGGCUGCACACGAUUGUUUGAUAAGUUGCUUUCCUUAUUCGCCAUAUUUCGCCCACUACGCCGCCGCUUUUGCUCAAAAUGUUUUCCGAUGUGUGAAUUACAAUAGUAUUAUUUACAAUCACAGACUAAAAGUCAAAAGAUGGAUAGACUACAAAGGGUAUCUGAAUAUAUGACUGCCGUUUGGAUUUCUGAGGAAUGAAACAUUCAUUUGCUUUAUAGCUAGUAAGUAAGAUCAAAAUGUGUGGGGUUAAAAGUUCAUUCUGGCUUCCGAAAAUUAAUUGAAUUGGCAAUUACAAUGCAAAAAUUAUUGUGGCUGGUUAUAAAUUGUAACAUACAGUUAUGAAUUAAGAAAGCCAUCUAUCUUUUCUCAUUAAUCUGUACAAUCAUCCACAUAAAAUUGUUUUCUAUCAGAAAAUUAUUAUUGUUUACAUGGUAUCCAAAAUUGAAACCAUUGAUUGGUAUUCAUAACACAUUUUAAUAACAUGUAAAUAUGUCAAAAUGAAUUUAUUAUUUUAUUUUAUAUGACUUUUAAGUAUUAUUAUAACAUCCUCAAUAUCUAUUGACUGUCGGAACUUAGACUAUUAAUAAAUAAUUUGUUUUAUAGAGGCCAUAUUUACUUGUCUUUCUUAGUAUUUGUAUAUUAUUUUAAUGAACCAUACAGAAUUACCAUUAUUUGAUUUUAAUAGGAUUAUGAUGUAUUCUAAUAUAAUUAAUUUAAUUUUAAUUUACAAUAAUGAAUUAUUGGGAUUCAAUUUUUAAACUAUAAUGUUACAUUUACAUGUGAUUUUACAGACAGGACAUUUUCUUUUUUUACUCAAAUGUUGUAGUAAAAUAUUUGUGAGGCUCUAAAAACAUAAUUCUAUUCGUAAAAAUAGGUUGUAGUUGCAUUUUCAGUAAAAUUCCCAAACAUAAUGUUAAAAUGAUUUACAAUGGAGUCUCAAACUGACUAGGUAUAGUGUGUUUCAUCGAAUAGUACCUAUGGCGUUAUGUUGGCUCCCCUGUCUGUCCAAGUCAUUGGCACGAUAUUUGCAUAAGAAGAUGCAGAUUUUGUUUAUUUUCAUUUGAUUUUCCUGAAUGAAUGAAAUGAAAAUCAAAUGAAAAUAAACAAAAUCUGCGUCUCUCAUGCCAAUAUGGUGCCAAGGACCACCCAACAGACAGGGGAGCCAACAUAACGCCAUAGGUACUAUCCAAUGAAACACUAUAACUGUGGUUUAUAAGUAAAGCCGGCGCCAGAUGCUUGUGGCAAAUAACAAACAGCAAGCAUCCGCAAACCCCACAGAGUAUUAUUUAUACACAGUGUUUGGCUUGCAGCCAAUGGGAUCAAACGACAAGCAUUAGCAAGCAUACGCAAACACCCAUCCACACUCUUGCCAGUGUUGUUUGCUGUUUGUCACAAGUAUGUGGAUCUACCAUAAGAUUCAGUAUUGAUAAAGAACAUUUUUUUUGCAUUAUGAUUACAAAAAUCUUCCUAUAAACAUAGUCUUCCAUAAGUGGAAUUAACCAAUGUGGAUUAAUAAGUAAUGAAAAAAUAAAAGACUGAAAAUGCCAUUUUCUGAAUAUAUUUAUUCACCACACUUUCUAACAAGCACAAGUUUAUUGAGAUUUCUCAACAUAAGGUUGGUUUCCCACUAUGCUUGGCCAGGUGCUUUGCUGGAUCAUCUCUAUGGUAAAACUGAUCAAAAUGGCUGAUAAUAAUAUGAUAUUAAUCCAUCUGGAAUCCAUUGAUAAGUUAAUAACAUUGUUAUUUGUCAGGAAAACUCAUAUAAUUUUUGACAAACAAC